AUGGCUAAACGAGUAGCUAUUAUAGGUGCAGGACCUAGUGGUCUUGCCACAGGAAGAGUGCUAUUAGCCAAUACCGAUUUUGACAUUGUUAUCUACGACUCCAAUCCGCAAGUUGGCGGAGUGUGGUAUUAUCCAGAUAACGAGCAACCUAGGGAAAACACGGCAAUGUAUGAUGCUUUGGAAACCAAUUUGAGCAAGCAAAUAAUGACCUUCAGUGGAUUUCCGUUCCCUGACGACGUACCAACAUUCCCGAACAGAAAGCAUGUUUGGGAAUACCUAGUCCGCUUCUACGAGACGUUCAUCAAGGGCCAAGAACGAAUUCUUACUCAAUUGAACUGUAAAGUCAAGUGCGUGGAAAAAAUAGGAGACUUGUGGCGUGUUACCCACAACGAUGGGAAAGCUGUCGAGUUGUUCGAUUACGUAGUGGUCGCUAAUGGCCAUUUCGAAGCGACUCACGUGCCAGAAGACAUUCCGGGCGGCGACGAAUGGCGCAAUGCACAACCAGGGUCGCUUCUUCACUCCAAAGAUUUUCAUUCCAGCGAGAGGUUUCGUGAUCUGAGGGUAGUUGUGGUUGGUAACGGUAGUUCUGGAUCGGAUAUCGCCAACCAGAUCAGCUCUGUGGCCCAAUGCGUAUACCACAGCGUCAAAGAAGUUAAUAAAACCAACUGGGACGAAAACCCGGUUGUGACAGCGGUUCCAAAGAUUUCAAAGCUCAGCGUACACGACAAUCAAACCGUGACGCUUGAAAAUGGCGAGCAACUGAGAAAUAUCGACCGCAUCAUAUGGGCCACCGGCUACAUGUACUAUCUACCCUUUUUGGGUAGCUACCAAGAACAAAUUCUGGGUACCGACAAAACUUCCAAUGAUCCAGUUUCCCGACUCCACGGUCUGUGGGAGCAGUUGGUUUUCGUGCAAGACCCUACAUUGGCUUUUCUGCUUCUUUGCAAGAACGUGGUGCCUUUUCCCUUAGCCGAGUCGCAAGCAUGCACUGUAGCCAAAGUGUUUUCCGGGGCAAUUGAGGUGCCGUCCAUCGAUUUUUCUGCACGGGCUGUGCAAGAACCAAAGGACUACCACUCGCUUGUUACACCGAGAGACAUAGAAUAUUGUCGCGAGCUACAGGCAAUUUUGGAUUCCUGUGGCGGGCAAGACGACGAAGCUCGACCCAGACUAUGGGACGAUCAGCUGGCUGCAUUACGAUAUCGGACAGGUCUCGCAAAAAAAGAACGCACAAAAAUACUGAUCCACAGAGCAUUGGAAUUAAGAGACAAGGGCGAAGCUUAUUACUUGGAGUGA